AUGCUGAACAUACCCUCUUACAUCGACGAUCCAAGCUAUCGCUAUAAAAUGCCAGCUUUACAAAUAACAGGUGAAAGUCGUGGCAAUGGCGUGAAAACAAAGCUUGUAAACCUUUCAGAUGUGUCAAAAUACUUGAAUGUCCCAACUGAGUAUCCCCUGAGAUUUUUUGCUGCCGAAUUAGGAGCCAGUGCUGAGUACAAAGAGUCUGAAAAUAAAGCAAUUCUUAAAGGUACCUUCCGUAGAGAAGAUCUUCAAAAGCUGCUAGACCAGUUCAUCGAAAAAUUUGUGUUAUGUUCCAAGUGUCAUUACCCAGAAAUUACCUAUCGGUUUAAGAGGAAUAAUUUAAUCUCUGACUGCAAAGCUUGUGGCAAUGUAAAGCCAAUGGAUAUGUCUCACAAAAUCAGCAACUUCAUACUCAAACAUCAUCCCAGGACUGAAGAAAAGCCGCCAGCUGCUAGCGAAAAAAAAGUAACAGGCAAGAAAAAAGUCUCGAAAAGGAAAAAGGAGGAAGAAACAGAAGAAAAAAUAACCCUUGAUCAUCCUGAUGUUUUAGAAGCUAUAGAAAGAAUUUCUCACCAUAUAGAAGAAGCACCUGAAAAAAUAAGUGAGCAUAUAAAUAAUAUUUGCAUUGCUAAAUAUGGAUAUAAAAAUGGUGGGGUGAAACAACCCAACAUCUAACGACUGUAGCUGGGGAGAACUAAGGGAGUUUUGGCGUUUGGUAUGUGUAUCAGGCCAUGUCUUACUUGGUUUGGUGGGCGAAUGUCCGGGUUGCUGACCGCAGACUCACAUCCCAAACCAAAGCUUUACCUUGGAGUAAGAUGGAGUUAGAAAGGAGUGCCUCAGCAAUACCAGUGAGAUUCCUCCUGGUCGAUAGGGAACGUUCCCAGCACGAUACCAGGCAUUGUGUCCAGGGUUUACGAAUUUUCAUCUUAGCCAACAGGUGACCACAAAAUUUGUUUUUCUAAUUUUCUAGAAGCCAAAAAACACCGUUGGCUUACGGCACUGUGAAACAAAUUUUCUGACUGUCAGGAGUAUGUGCAGGUCCCUGUCUGUUAGGAGCAAGACUUUGAAGGUCAUGAGAUGAUUGUCGGCAAAGCAGAUGAGUGCAGCUUUAUGAAAGGGAAUAAGGAUCCUCCGAUCCGACAGGGAGCUUUUCUAUAGCCUGCUAAGUGUAAGUUUAUUGCUAAAUCCUCAUUAGUGGAUGAACAAAUCAUUACCCUUUAUGGGCGAGCAAAAAAAUAUUUUAUAACAAAUACUUAAUAUAUAAUGAUAAUAAUUCUAACGAAAAUCUCUCCUAAUUCUAUUGAUUUACUUAGAUUCUAAAACAUGGAUUUUUAAAUUAAAUAAUUUUUACUGCAAAUUAGAUUUUUUUAAAAGCUAUAAAUUUAUAUAAAUUAUUUUAAAAAUAGAUUAAAUCAUUCAUGAGCAAACAAAAUAAUACUCAAUAAAGGAGUGGGAGUAACAGCAUUGAGCCUGAUUUACGCGUUUAUAUAACCUUGAAAUCCAUUUUCGGACUUAAUUUACUCAGAUUGUUGCAAGAUCCGGCAAAGAUCUUUAUAUUAAAGUCACAAUCCGAGGCAUAUCCUGAGGAGCUGUUAAUGGCUUUAUCAGUUAUUUAUAUUCCUGAUGAGAGCUUCCACAGUAAAGUGUCAAGAGUAUUGAUGGCUUUAUAUGAAAAUGACAUUUUUACUAGCUCAUUCUCCAUGAGUAAAACGCUCUUGUUCGCUCAAGAAGUAUCAAUUUUUUUUAUUUUAAAAAAUUUAAAUAUAAACUAAAUAGUAAAUUUAUUUUUUAAAAAAAUCCCAACUCGCAAAAUUGGAGAGCAAAAGUUCACUUAAUUUGUAAAAUUAUGUUUUAAAAUGCAAACUAUUUAAAUUUCAACAGAUUUCAUUAUACUGAUUAUCAUUAUAUACCUAAAUAUUUUUUCAUAAAAAAUUUUUGUUUGCUUCACGGAGGGGGGCUUUUGCCCAAGAAAUAGAAAAAAUUUUCCAAAUCGUUUUGUCGCUAAUUGAGGAGGGAGUGAGGAAUUCUUAACGUCAUGGUCAGAAGACGAAGCUGUGUUUAAUGAGUCUUCAAUUAUUUAUAAUGCAGAUUUUCUGGAAACAAUGAAAAGAUGUGCUACGGAUUUUUUAACUUGAUUACAAAACGCUGAAUGUGAAUCAGAAGAAGAAGAAGAAGAAGGAGAAGGAGAAGGAGUAAAAGAAGAACAAAAAGAAGAUAAAAUUGCAAUUCAGCAGCAAAUUAUUCAACAGCAGCUUGAAGAGCAAGCUAAGACCGCAAAGCCAGCUGAAGAGCAAGUUAAAGAGCCUGUAAACGAGACUGAAGUAAAGGUAGCUGUUGACUUAAUGUCUCGCAUGCAAGUUCACGAAGAUUUUAAUAUCGAUGAUAUUUAA